AUGGCGGGCAGCGGGGAGGGGGCGGCUGCCUGCCCGCGCCCGGGACCCCCCAACCUGGCGGCUGCCGCGGCCUGGAGCGCCCCGAGCGGAGCCGGAGCCGCGGCUGCUUCGAGAGGAGCCACCGAGAGACUCAGCGUCCCCCAGUCCAACACCACCCCCAAGGCAGAGCCCCCCCAGAGGAUCCUCCCGUACCCCCCACCCUGCCACGCUCCCCCCGCGCUGGGGGCACCCGGAGGCGGGUUCGAGUCCCGGCACCGCCGGUACCGUCCGGGCCAAGGGUUGGAGUCCCGGCACCGCCGGUACCGGCCGGGCCAAGGGUUCGAGUCCCGGCACCGCCGGUACCGCCGGGCCAAGGAUUCGAGUCCCGGCACCGCCGGAAUCCAUUCCGAGGGGACAGAAGUGUCCGCCAGCGGCCCAGCCCAGCCCUGCGAGCUGCGCCGGGAUUCCCUGCGAGGUUCCCAGGGUCCCCGGGAGCCGCUGGGACAUCCGCAGGUCCCCAGGCUGGCUGUCGCCCUCCAGCCGGGCUGUCGCCAGGGCUGGGCCCCGCCGGGAGCGGCUCCGCGGCAGGAAAAGCCGGUUGUGGAGCUGGAGGCCGGGGAGGGCAGCGGGGGAGCGGGGCUGGAGGGGGAGCGGGUGCGGCGGCCCCUCCCUCACCUGCGCACGCAGGUACGCGCGGCGCGGUGCGCGGCCCCUUUAAGGGGCGUGUCCGGAAGCCCCGAGGUCCCGCCCCUGCCCCGCCCGGCCCCGCCCCCUCCCGCGCGCACCGGUCCCGGUGGGGCGCGGGGAGGGCCGGGGCUGCGGCUCGGGCUCGGCCCGGUGCUGCUCGGGCUCGGCCCGGUGCUGCUCGGUGCCGCCGCCGCUUUCAACCUGGACCGCACCUUCCCCGUGCUCAAGGAGGGCCCCGCCGGAGCCUUGUUCGGCUUCUCGGUAGCGCUGCACCGGGAGACGGAGCGGCGGGAGCGGAGCCUGCUGCUGGUGGGGGCCCCCCAGGACGCGGAGCCGGUGAACGGGACACGGACGGGCGCCGUGUACGCCUGUCCCCUGAGUGCCACCACCCGCGACUGCCAGCGCCUGCCCAUCGAGCUCAAGGAUGAGCCGGACAAGGCCAUCAUCGAGGACAUGUGGCUGGGGGUGACAGUGGCCAGCCAGCGGCAGCCACCGGGGAGGGUCCUGGCCUGUGCCCACCGCUACACGCGGGUGCUGUGGUCGGGGGCGGAGGCGCAGCGCCGCAUGGUUGGCCGCUGCUACGUGCGGGGCAACGACCUGCGCCUGGACCUGGCUGACGAGUGGCAGACGUACCACAACGAGAUGUGCAACGCCAACACCGACACCGACGAGACCGGCAUGUGCCAGAUGGGCACCAGCGCCGGCUUCGGCGCCAACAUCAUCUACUUCGGGGCGCCCGGCGCCUACAACUGGCAGGGCACGGAUUACAUGCUGCAGAGGGAGACAUGGGACCUGCACGACUUCUCCUACCCCAACAAGAGGAACGGCAACACCUACAUAGGGUACACGGCCGAGGUGGGCAGCGCGGUGCUGCAGCGGGACGCGGUGACCGUGGUGACGGGCGCGCCGCGGUACCGGCACACCGGAGCCGUGCUGCUGCUGAGCCGCGGCGCCCGGCAGACGCUGAACCGGAGCCUGCUGCUCCCCGGGCCGCAGGUCGGCUCCUACUUCGGCAGCGCCCUCGCCCUGGCCGACCUCAACAACGACGGCUUAGAUAUCGCCGUGGGGGCUCCUUUCGAGGGGCCUGGCAAGGUCUACAUCUACCACAGCAGCGCCCAGGGGCUGCGGGACCGACCCCGGCAGGUGAUCAGCGGGGCAGAGCUGGGCCCCACCAAGAUAAAAACCUUCGGGUACUCGCUGAGCGGGGGGCUGGACAUGGACGGGAAUUCCUACCCGGACCUGCUGGUGGGCAGCCUGAGCGAGAGAGUCGUGCUGCUCAGAGCCCGGCCCGUGAUCAACAUCCUGGACAAGACCUUCACGGUGACCCCCAGCAAGGUGGACCCUGCCCAGUGCACGCCCAAAUCCUGCAUGACGGUGACCCUGUGCUUCUCCUACAACCAGAGCGCGGGGGACCCCAACUACAGCGAGAGGAUCACCCUGCAGUACACGCUGGAGGCCGACAAGGACCGGCACCCGCCCAGGGUCAGGUUCUCGGGGUCCCAGUCUGCCACCUACACCGGGGACUUCUCCAUGCCCGACACCCGCUGCCAGUCCCAGGAGCUCCUGCUGCUGGACAACGUCCGGGACAAGCUGCACCCCAUCGUGCUCUCCAUGAACUACUCCCUGCUGGAGAGGCCCAGAACCUUCCAGCUGGGCCCCCACUCCCUGGACGCCUUCCCCGUCCUCAACCAGGACCAGUCCCACGAGAACGAGACCAAGAUCGAGUUCCAGAAGGAAUGUGGCUCCGACAACCAGUGCUACAGCAACCUCCAGCUGCGGAGCAGCUUCGUCACCGAGCAGAACCAGCCGCUGCCCAGGGUGAACGGCACGCAGGUGCUGCAGUACAGCCGGGACGUGCGCAAGCUGCACCUGAGCAUCAACAUCACCAACGUCCCCACGGCGCCCUGGAACGGCGAGGACGCCCACGAGGCCCUGCUGAACGUCACCGUGCCCCCCAGCCUGCUGCCCUCCUCCGUCCGCCCGAGCGGAGCCUGCACCUUCGGGGACACGGUGCUGUGCGAGCUGGGGAACCCUUUCAAGAGGAACCAGAGGGCUGAGCUGACCAUCACCUUCGAAGCCAUCGGGAUCAUGCUGGACACGCGGGAGGUGGCGGUGUGGCUGGACCUGUCCACGCAGAGCACCCAGGAGGAUCUGCAGCCCGUGCUGGCCAAGCUGCUGGUGGAUUACAGCAUCCAGUCCUCGCUGAGCAUAGCCUCCUCCCACAUCCAGUCCUACUUCAGCGGGACCGUGGUGGGCGAGUCGGCCAUGAAACAGGAGCAGGACGUGGGCAGCCCCCUCACCUUCGACUUCCAGGAGUUCCGGGACUUUGACCGUGUGAAGGUGGCGGGCACGGCCACACUGUUCCUGCGCUCGCAGGUGCCCACCAUCAGCAUGAGGAACCACACGGUGCGGUUCUCCGUGGACGUGGACUCGGAGCUGCAGGAGGAGCAGCCGGCCGAGAUCGCGCUCUGGCUGGUGCUGGUGUCGGUGGCAGCGGGGCUGCUGCUGCUGGGGCUCAUCAUCCUCCUCCUCUGGAAGUGUGACUUUUUCCAGCGGACCCGCUAUUACCGGAUCAUGCCCAAGUACCACGCGGUGCGGAUCCGGCAGGAGCAGCGCUACCAGCCCGGGGGGCUCCUGCCCCGCCGCCGCCGCAAGAAGCUCUGGGUGACCAAGUGGCAGGAGCCGGACAAGUACUACUGACCCCCAGCCCCCCGCCCGGGCCCCUGCCAGGGGGGCUCUGACUUUGCACAAGCGCAUCUCCCCCUGCCCCUGCCCCUUCCCCUUUCCCUCGGACGCGGCCGCCGCCGGCCUUGGCUCCCGCAGCCCCUCCCGGUUUGCCCGGGGGGCUCCCGCAGCCCCUCC